UUUCACAAGCUCGUUAUCCCUCGUCAUCGUCGCUAAUACUUUUCUCUUAAAAAUAACUGCUGAUUAUUAGUAUCUUUCUUUUUUUCUCCCAAUUUACACUUCCAGAUGGAUUUAAGCGCAUACUGCAAGAGAUUACCGAAGAUUGAACUUCAUGCUCACCUCACAGGAUCUCUGAGUGAUGCCACAGUGCUUAAGCUUCUGCGAGCGAAGCAGGCAGCGGGUGGGGCCAACCUCCCCCAGUCCGCAGAGGUUACCAUCCAGCGAGGCCACAGACGCACACUUGAGGAGUGUUUCGAAGUCUUCAGGAUACUACACUGCCUAACGGAUAAUCUCAGCGCAAUAAAGACUAUAACGAGAGAUGUUAUUCAGGAGUUCGUAGCGGACAAUGUGUGCUAUUUGGAACUGAGAACGACCCCAAAAGCAAUUCAUGGAGUAAUGACCAAGAAUCAGUAUAUUGAUACAGUUCUCGAGGCUAUGAUAGAAGAAAUGAAUCAGAACGCUAUUACCAUUCGAUUACUCAUUUCCAUCGACCGUUCUCGUGGCUUGGACGAUGCAUGGGACACUCUGCAGUUAGCUAAGCAAUAUGCUGCUCAUGAACGCUUUAAAAACCUUCUAUGCGGAAUGGACAUAAGUGGGAAUCCCCAGGCUGGAAACCUUGUUGAUUAUAUCCCCGUACUGCGAGAAGCAAAGCAGUCUGGACUCAAGCUCUCAGUUCAUCUUGCGGAGAUUCUAAAUGAAAAGGAAACACUGGAACUCUUGAAGACUGAACUUAUAGACAGAAUCGGUCAUGGGACGUUCAUUCACCCGGAGACAGGCGGGUCACAGGAGCUGUUGCAGCUUGUCAAAUGUCAGGCUAUUCCACUUGAACUGUGUCUCUCAUCAAAUAUUAAAUCUGGGACAGUCAAAAGUGCAGAGGACCAUCACUUUGCCUGCUGGAGGAAGGAUAAGCAUCCAGUUGUUAUAUGUACUGAUGACAAAGGUGUCUUUUCAACCACACUCAGUGAAGAAUACAAAAUAUGUGCAGAAACAUUUCAUCUCAAAAAGACAGACCUUCAUGAGUUGUGUCUUGCAGCUGUUGAAAUGACCUUCUUGUCACAGGAAGAAAAAGAUAGAUUAAGGCAAACUAUUGAUAAGGAGCUUGAUAAGUUAAAACAAAUAGAAUCAGUAUGAUACGGUAGUUUAUUUUGAUGUGUGUAUUGAGCAUAAUUACGAGGUAGAUUUCCCAGUAAUUCAUUAUUAAAUGAAUAACUGAAUAAAUAAAUAAUGAAUUAUAUUCCUGUUUGUCACAUCAAAAGUGAUCAGACAAGUAAUCAUAUGUAUGUAUAGAUGGAAUAAAAACUCAGGGACUCCAACAUGGGACAAGACAAAUCUAACCACCAGUAUCGUAUGUAUGGUCUUCGUGUGUGUGACUGUGCAGACUUUGGCAUUGUGUUUGUCAUGAGGCUGCCAGCUGCAUGGCAAGUGUGUUCAGUUUGGCUAUUAUUAAUUCAAAGUAUAGUUCAUAUAAGAGAAAUUGGAUAAUAAUUGAAAUGGCUGAAUUUGCAGAGUGCCUUCCAAAUUAAAUUAAUCAUAUUUUUAUAUUUUCCCAGUCUUUUUCAUACCUUCUCAUACCAGUACCAUACCAGUACUUAGUUGUGAGAGAGAAAUACACUGAAGCCAUAGCAUUAUUCCUUGUAUUCUGUUGUACCAACAUACCCUUAUAAUCCCCAUCUUCAGGUAAGAGUAUUCCGCAAGAUUAGACUUCUAAUUCAACAUCAAAAAAAGUAAUGUCUCUGCAGAUAGAUUGCU